UUUUUUAAAUCAUUGAAGCUUCCUAUUCGAUUAAUCGUUGUUUGGAUACAUUGCACAAUGAUCGCUUUUGGAUUAAUACUAAUUGUUCUAAUUGUUGUUGUGAAAAUAUACAAUAUGGUAACUAAAGGACGAUGCACAAGUAAAGCAAAACUAAAUGGAAAAACUGUUCUUAUUACCGGUGCUAAUGGAGGUAUUGGAAAAGAAACUGCAAUCGAUUUGGCGGCUAGAGGAGCAAGAGUUAUCCUUGGAUGUAGAAACUUAAAAUCAGCUGAAGAUACGAAACAAGAAAUUAUUUCAAAAACUGGAAAUACAAAUAUUGUGAUCUAUCCAAUAGAUUUUGAAUCAUUAACGUCUGUACGAAAAUUUUCAAAACUAAUUCAUGAAAAGGAAAAUCGUUUGGAUGUUCUAAUAAAUAAUGCUGGAGCUGUUGGAUUGGGAAAUAAAACUACUGAGGAUGGUUUACAUAUUCUCAUGCAAGUAAAUCAUUUUGGACCAUUUUUAUUAACAAAUUUACUUUUGGAUUUGUUAAAGAAAUCUGCACCCAGUAGAAUAGUGACGGUUUCUUCAUUGGGACAUAUAUUUUCAUCAUUAGAUCCAGAUAAUUUAAAUAAACCUAGAUCUGAUGAACUAAAAUAUUUUAAUUCCAAAUUAUGUAACAUCUUAAUGAGCAACGAAUUAGCAAGAAAAUUAGAGGGAACAAAUGUGACAUCAAAUAGUUUACAUCCUGGUGUAGUUCACACGGAAAUAAUGAAACAUUUACCGUGGUACAAGAGGCUUCCAGUGUCGUUUAUAUACUGGUUUUUCUUUAAGAAUGCUAAAGAAGGUGCUGAAACCACAAUUCAUUGUGCAGUAUGUGAAAAAGUAGAUGGAAUUUCAGGAAAAUAUUUUCAAGAUUGUAAAGAAUAUUGGACAUUACCUAUCACCUCUAAUAGAGAACUAAGUGUGAAAGUUUGGAAUAAAAGUAUGGAAUUAAUUAUCGGUGGAUUUUGGAAUCUGUUUAAGAUUAUCGGUGGAUUUUAUUUGUAA